AAUUCUACUGGAAUCUGGAACACACACUACGCCAUCGAAGAAACGACGAAUCCAUGUGCACAAACAUGGCCUUCUUGGGACGAACAACUUUUUGCCGGUCACAAUCGCGCUCGUUCGCCAUUUUAACUCAAAAUCCGAAUCUAGUUUCGAUUCAGUCAGCGUCAGCGUUCGGUUUGUUGUGUCUUCGCCAGUUCUCAAGUAAAAAAAUGGGUUUACCUCGUGUGUUUUUUGAUAUGACCGCUGAUAAUCAGCCCGUGGGUCGCAUCGUUAUGGAACUGCGUUCCGACGUUGUACCAAAGACCGCUGAGAACUUCCGUGCUCUAUGUACACACGAAAAGGGAUUCGGAUUCAAGAACUCAACAUUCCACCGUGUCAUCCCGAACUUUAUGUGCCAAGGAGGUGAUUUCACCAAUCACAAUGGUACCGGUGGCAAGUCUAUCUAUGGCAACAAGUUCAACGAUGAAAACUUCACCUUGAAGCACACCGAACCUGGUUGUUUGUCCAUGGCCAACGCUGGACCCCACACCAACGGAUCGCAAUUCUUCGUCACUACUGUUAAAACUGCGUGGUUGGAUAACCGUCACGUUGUUUUUGGCAAAGUGGUUGAGGGUAUGGAUGUUGUUAAGAAGAUUGAAGGCUUUGGCAGUCAAUCCGGAAAGACUAGCAAGAAGAUUGUCGUCGCUGAUUGUGGCCAACUUUAAGGCGGCAAACCCAGCCAAAAGCGUAGUUUAUUCCCAAUAAAUAAGAAAAAAAUUGUUUAAAAUCCCAACAAAAACCAACAACAACAACAACAACUACACACAAAAGCAGAGAAGAUAAAUAUACAAUUAAAAUAAAUUAAAAAACAAGAAACAAGAGAUGAAAAACUUUUAAAGUAUAAGUAACAGCAGAAGUUUAACAAAAUUUAAUAAAUUUAAUUAAUUAAACGA